GACAUUGAACGCAGCAGUGGACUUGUCGCACAUCGAAACUAUGGUGUAGAUAAAAACAGUCUUUUCAAACUUAAGAUUAACUUUAAGCUACAAUGGACGACCGUCAACUUGAUCUGACAGACGAACAGAAAGCUACCAAAUCAAAAUACCCACCGAUCAACAAAAAAUAUGAAUACUUGGACCACACAGCAGAUGUACAAAUUCACUCCUGGGGACACUCCUUGGAGGAAGCCUUCGAGCAGUGUGCAAUGGGGAUGUUUGGCUACAUGACGGAUACAGAGACGGUGGAACCACUCGAUACUGUUGAAGUGGAAUCAGAGGGUGAUGAUAUGGAGUCUCUCCUUUUCCACUUUUUAGACGAUUGGUUAUACAAGUUUAGUGCCGAUCUGUUCUUUGUCCCGAGGGAAGUCAAAGUUUUAUCCCUUGACAGAAUGCAUUUCAAGAUUCGCUCGAUUGGAUGGGGUGAAGAAUUUUCUUUGGCAAAGCAUCCACAGGGAACUGAGGUGAAAGCCAUCACAUACUCCGCCAUGCAGAUCUAUGAUAAAGAAAAACCAGAAAUAUUUGCCAUCAUUGAUAUUUGAGGACACCGGUGGAGACGGGUCACAGUCCUGGUUCAUUGAAAAUGUAAAUGUUUACAGCCUUGUCAAGUGGCCUUUUUAUUUCAGGCACUGAUUAUUAACUAGGAAUAUCUGUUUUACAGUUAGUGAACCUUUUACUAACUCUCUGAAAGUUAUUUUAAAGAAUUUGAAACGUCACCAACGUGUCAUCUUGGAAAUCAGAGGAAUAUCGAAUGUAAACAAACCAAAAGCAACGAUACACUGGAAGUACAUUUCCUGUAAUAACCAAGAUGUUUAUUUAGCCGUUCUUUUAAUAAAUCAGAUUUAGAACGAUGAGUUUUAUUAUAUUU